AAGGAAGAAUGUCCGCCAAGCUUUGAGCUCUCUGCAACAUGGUGAAACGGUGUUCAUACGGGGUUUGUAAAUCCGAUACGAGGUACCCUGAGCGUUUAGAAGGAGGCGUCGUUUUUUUCCCGUUCCCGAAGCCCAAAACACAAGAGGAGCGUUGCCGGCAGUGGAUCAAACAGUGUGGGAGACCCCACUCCGAGUUCAAUAUCUCCAAGAUCAACAAACACGUAUAUGUCUGCUCCAAGCAUUUUGUGAAUGGGAAGCCUACUCCUGAGAAUCCCAACCCUGUGCUUGCUGUUCAAGUGCCUGGCCAGUCAAGGCGAGGUCCAGGAGGCAGUCGAAAGCCACCAACAAAACGAUGCAAAAUCAGUUUGCAAGAUGCCUCCGCCUCCACCACCAGCACCAGUGACGCAGAAGAGACUCAACAUUGUGUUGCUGAUAGUGAGAAUCUUGAGCAACCCCCACUUACUGAAUUCCAGCUGAGAAAGGAACCUGAUGAGAAGCUGGUCGCCGAAAAACAGAUUAUAUUAGAAGAAGACAAUAACAACCUGACGCUGAAAUUGUCUUUGAUAGAACCCCCACAUCCUGAACUGCAGCUGAAAGAGGAACCGGAGGAGGUGCUGGUCACAGAAAAAUGGAUGAAAUUAGAAGAGAAUGACCACAUGAAACGGAAAUUGAUUUUGAUAGAACCCCCACUUCCUGAACUUCAGCUGAAAGAGGAACCCGAGGAGGAGCUGAGCAUAGAAAAACGGAUAAAAUUAGAAGAAGAGAAUGACCAAAUGAAAUUGUCUUUGAUAGAACCCCCACUUCCUGAACUCCAGCUGAAAGAGGAACCUGAGGAGGAGCUGGUGACAGAAACACAGAUUAAAUUAGAAGAAGAGAAUGACCACCUAAAAUUGAUUUUGAUAGAACCCCCACUUCCUGAACUCCAGCUGAAAGAGGAACCUGAGGAGGAGCUGGUGACAGAAAAACAGAUUAAAUUAGAAGACGAGAAUGACCACAUUAAAUUGUCUUUGAUAGAACCUGAACUCCAUCUGAAAGAGGAACCCGAGGAGGAGCAGAUCACAGAAAAACAGAUUAAAUUAGAAGAAGUGAAUGACAACUUGACACUGAAAUUGUAUUUCAUAGAAACCCCAUUUCCUGAACUCCAGCUGCAAAAGGAACCAGACGAGGAGCUGGUUACAGAAAAACAAAAUAAAUUAGAAGAAGAGAAUGCAAACCUGAAACUGAUAUUAUCUUUGAAAGAAGCUGAGAUUGAAAGGCUGAAAGCACAAAUUAGAACACUUAAAAAUGAAAGCCAGUUCAUGAUUUAAAAGGCAUUUGGUGACUUUGACCAUGAUCUUGUUAAUGCUAUACUUACUGAAGACAGGGAUAAAAAUAUAAUUUCAUAUAUAAUAAAAAUAUAAUGGUUCAUUCAUCGAUGUGCUGAUAUUGUGUAGUUUGUGUUUGAGCCCUGCUCUAAAUGUUCAAACUAUUCACAAAACAAAGGAUGACGCCUAUGACUCAUAUUUUGGCCUUACUGUUUUUCUAUGAUAAGCUUUUCCUACGGUAAACUUGGACACCGGGGACUUUGAUGAUCUAUCUUCAUUGUAUUUUUGCAAUUUUCAUAACUAUUGAUGGUUGACUUCUGGAUCAUAUGAUUGUCAUGCUUGUCUGUUUUGUAACUAUACACUACUCAAAUUGAACAAACUAUCUGUUUAUAUGACAAAAUAUUUUAAAUACAAUUUAAAUGCAUUUCCCCCUGUUUUUCAUGUUAUUUGCUGUAGUGGCAGUACAUGUCCUUCUGGGAGGUGAGUAGCUGAAAAUGAUUUUUAGUCUGAUUUGAGGUAUAAUGAAGUAUUUGGGCUGCAGCAAGAGUAAUUUUCAAGAUUGAAAGGUCAUAUUUGGCUCAAAUUUAAGCUUAUAAGCUCAGGAUGUUUUCUAUAUCGUCACACUGUUAAAAUAAUCGCAUAAGUCUUUUUUUUGUCAAAAUUGUAUUUUUUUUUGCCUAAAUCAUCACCUCAUGACGCCGGCCAUGGUAAAAUCACCUACAUCCUCAGUUGAUCAGAUCAUGUGAUUUAACCCCUUUAAGAUAAUGGCCUAUGUCAAGUGUGUGACUUAAGCAGAUGUAU